AAGAACUUGGAUGAAUUUUAAUCAUAUACAGCUCAGUGACAAUAAAAUUGUGUUAGCAUAUUACUGGUCUAUAAAGGAUAAACAGAUUUGAAAAAGAGGAGAAAAUAUUCGCUGAAGAUACAAUAGGGCAAUUUGUCGUAGGACGAUUUAUCAGGAAAGACAGAUAUAUGCGAAAUUUGUUAGACAGAUAAGAAAGAUUGCAAAAUGUCAGUACCUAAUUUAAGUUUGGAACAUCUUGCCGAAGUAAAGGCCUUCGUCGAAUUGUGCAAGUUGGAUCCUUCGAUAUUAUGUAAACCAGAAUUUGCUUUUGUCAAAUCAUUAAUAGAGCAUUUUGGCGGUAAAGUAGAAGUUGCUAAAUCAAAAAGUGAAACUGAAUGCAAAAUUGAGGAAACCGAAACUAAACCACAAAUAGAGAGCGAAGAAAGUGAUUUGGAAUUAGAUAUGACAGGAGUUAUAGAACCGGAGACCGAUGCGCCACAAGAAAUGGGAAACUUUACCUUGCAACCGACAGAAGAAGAAAUUACAGAGUCUCAAGCGAAACGUUCGGAAGCUGUUUCAGCAUUUGUAGAGAAAGAUUAUGAAAAGGCUAUACAGCUUUAUACAGAAGCUAUUAUAUUAAAUCCACAGGCAGCACUUUUAUAUGCUAAACGUGGACAAAUUUAUUUACUAUUGAACAAACCUAAUGCGUGCAUUCGCGAUUGUGAUCGGGCAUUAGAAUUGAAUCCUGAUAGUGCAGCAGGUCACAAAUUUAGAGGACGAGCGUAUCACUUACUUGGAAAAUGGGAAGAAGCAGCGAACGACUUGAGACUUGCUUGUAAAUUUGAUUUUGACGAACAGGCGGACGAAUGGCUACGCGAAGCUACUCCAAAUGCCCGUAAGAUCGAAGAACACAAAAGGAAGAAAGAACGUAAACUCGAAGAAGGGUUGGGACAUGCGAAAGGAGAAAAUGUAAGGAAAGAGAAGGAGGAGGAGCCUACGAAGGGAACUGGCGAAAAGGGAGAUUUCUAUAAAUUCUUGAGCGAUCCGGAAAUGCUCGAAGGUUUUAUGGAUCCAGAGAUAUCCGUAGCGUUCAAAGAAAUUUACGAAAAUCCAACGAGCCUAUGGAAAUAUCAUAAAAACCCGAAAAUCGUAACAUUCAUCGAGAAAGUAGCCAAAAAAUUUGACGAUGGCACAGGUAGGCCUAAUUUAUCCGGUAUGAUGGCUGGUAUGCCAGGUUGUUCCGGUAUAAACGUUCAGCAAUUUACCGCACCAAAGCCCUCUCAACAACCUCAACCUCAGGACGAUGUUGGUCUUGACUAGAUUACGCAGCACAGAUUGAUCGCCAUUCGAUGAGGACAAGAACGGCAUCGAUGAAGGAGUCUCGAAACCGAGAAUGCUUUCUGCCCUGUUGUAUAACAUUAUUUUCAAGAUAUUUUCAUGUUAUUUUCGCGCAGCUCCACGUGUUUACCAUCGUUUUGUUGUUUUUCACUUACGAUUAGAGUUACUUGGAAUACAUUAUUUGUGAUGGACUUUGUCACGCUGCUUUGCAUGUACAUACCAUACUUGAUCGUCACUAUUAUGAUCUGCAUUAAUAUCUCAUUUAUCAGCCUUAUCACGUUAAAUCUAUAAAGUAUACACGUUGUAUUUACGAAAAAAUAUUUUUCAGUCAAACUCGAUAUAUGAAAGUUUUGCGUUUUAGGUUAAAAAUAUAAACGCGAUAAAAUAUGUAUAUUUCGUUUUAAACUUCAUAUUUUCUUUGGAAAAGGAAGGAACCUAUGAUCAUAAAAAAUAUUUUAUUAUAAAUAUUAAUCGUCUGAUCAUUAUACCUGGCAUGUCAUCUUUUUAACAACACUAAAUAAAUCGUGUGCAAUGUUAUUACGAUUUUCUAGGUAAUCGAGUCAUUAUGUUAGACGUAAUUUCUAUUUAAAACGCUUAAAUUUCGGUUUAACGUUCAAAUCAUCUUCGAAAUAUGUACACGUACAUAGCUAUAUCGCGCGAAGGAGAUUGAAUGACCGAAAUCAUUUGUAUAGUUUUCUUAAAAUAAUAAAAAUAUGGUAUUAUCCUAACAAUAGAACUGAAAUAACAUUAUGUAGAGAUUUAUAUGAAAUCAUUCUACAGGGAUAAUAUUAUCUAAACCAUUUCCUCUGAAAAGUUCGACAGAACUUUUGAACGUAUUUUUAAGAAAACGUAUCGAAACAAAUUCCAGAUAAAUACCGAGCCAAUCGUCGUUAACUUUGUUUCCUCUCCAUUUUCGAAGAUGGAGCAUGGCUCCUUUUUCUAUCUAUGCAUGUAUGUAUGUAGAAAUAGUUUUAAUGAAACAAAUAAAGCAAGUUGCGCUCUUCCGCAAGUAACGCAAAGUCUAAAUUUAUAUGAUCGAAUUGACGAUAACUAAGUGUACGCAAUAAAUAAAGUUGAUGUCAUCUACGUA